AUGGCUAAUCUUUCUGAUGAACAACUUCAAAAAGAAUUUAGACGACUUGAUAAAAACGAUGAUAAAUCAAUUACAGUUGCCGAAUUAAAACAGUAUUAUGUACCAAUGCAAGAAAUGCUUGGUGUACCACAAGAAAUUGCUGAACAAGAAAUUCAAGGUUUUAUGAAACGUCUUGAUGUUGAUCAUGACGGAAGAAUUACUUUUGACGAAUUCAAAAAAUUUGUCAAAAGAGCUUAA